CCCCGGCUCCGGAGGAUAAACAAGAGCGGGGACGGGAUGAGGCGGCGGUUGAUCCCCGAGCAGCUAGUGGCGGUCACCGAGGCGGCGAGUGGGACCCGGCGCCGACCCUGAGCGCACCCGACCCGCCCUCCCGCGCUCGCGUCCCAGGCCGGGCCGACCUGCCCGCCCGCCCUCUGCGCGCCCACCAUGAACCUGGCGAGUCAGAGCGGCGAGGCUGGCGCGGGCCAGCUGCUCUUCGCCAACUUCAACCAGGACAACACGUCCCUAGCUGUUGGUAGUAAGUCCGGUUAUAAAUUUUUCUCCCUUUCUUCUGUGGAUAAACUGGAACAGAUCUAUGAAUGCACUGAUACUGAAGAUGUGUGCAUUGUAGAAAGAUUGUUCUCAAGCAGCUUAGUGGCCAUCGUCAGCCUCAAAGCUCCUAGGAAGCUAAAAGUUUGCCACUUUAAGAAAGGCACUGAGAUCUGCAACUAUAGCUACUCCAACACGAUCCUGGCUGUGAAGUUGAACCGGCAGAGGCUAAUAGUGUGCCUGGAAGAAUCUCUCUAUAUACACAACAUUCGGGACAUGAAGGUACUGCAUACAAUCAGGGAGACCCCCCCAAACCCUGCAGGCUUGUGUGCGCUGUCAAUAAACAACGACAAUUGUUACUUGGCAUACCCAGGCAGUGCAAGCAUCGGGGAGGUGCAAGUCUUCGACACCAUUAACUUGAGAGCUGCCAACAUGAUCCCGGCUCAUGACAGCCCUUUAGCAGCACUGGCCUUCGACGCAAGUGGAACCAAGCUCGCCACUGCUUCUGAGAAGGGAACUGUGAUUAGGGUGUUUUCCAUUCCGGAGGGACAGAAACUCUUUGAGUUCCGGAGAGGAGUUAAGAGGUGUGUGAGCAUCUGCUCACUGGCCUUCAGCAUGGACGGCAUGUUCCUCUCGGCGUCCAGCAACACUGAGACUGUGCACAUCUUCAAACUCGAGACUGUGAAAGAAAAACCUCAGGAGGAACCUACCACCUGGACCGGGUACUUCGGAAAAGUGCUCAUGGCUUCUACCAGCUACUUGCCCUCUCAAGUCACUGAAAUGUUCAACCAGGGCAGAGCCUUUGCCACUGUCCGCCUGCCUUUUUGUGGCCAUAAAAAUAUCUGCUCCCUGGCCACAAUUCAAAAGAUUCCUCGAUUACUGGUUGGAGCUUCUGAUGGAUACUUAUACAUGUACAACCUGGACCCCCAGGAAGGAGGCGAGUGUACCCUGAUGAAACAGCACAAGUUGGAUGGCAGCAUGGAGACAACCAACGAAAUCUUGGACUCGGCCUCUCAUGACUGCCCCUUAGUAACUCAGACCUACAGCACAGCUGUAGCCAAAGGUACUCACGUGCCUUCGUCCCCGACAAGACUUGCCUACACAGAUGAGCUGGGUGCAGCAGGUGGCACUUGCCUGGAAGAGGAAGCAGGUGCCCUGCGGCUGGAGGAAGACAGUGAGCACCCUCCCAUGAUUCUUCGGACUGACUGACCUUGACCUGUGAACUCUGACCCCAGAAGCAGAGAACACUGGCUUGACAGAGGACUUUGUGUUAUGCUGCUAUGAACUUAGACCUGAGUUGGGGGAGAAGAUGGCAGAGAC